GGCGGCGCAGACGUAGCGCGUCACCGGCGGCCUGGCAGCGGGCGCUGUGGAGGCGGAGGCGGACGCGUCGGGAGGGCCGCGGCGCCGCGGAGUCGGGGCCUGCGUUGGGGCAUGAGCCGAGGGGACGACGCCGAGCCCACGAGUAUUUCAUAGAGAUUGAUGGAAGCAGAAACCAAAACUCUUCCCCUGGAGAAUGCAUCCAUCCUUUCUGAAGGUUCCCUGCAGGAAGGGCACCGGUUAUGGAUUGGCAACCUGGACCCCAAGAUCACAGAAUACCACCUCCUCAAGCUCCUCCAGAAGUUUGGCACGGUAAAGCAGUUUGACUUCCUCUUCCACAAAUCAGGUGCUUUGGAGGGGCAGCCUCGAGGGUACUGUUUCGUUAACUUCGAAACUAAGCAGGAAGCAGAACAAGCCAUCCAGUGUCUCAAUGGCAAGCUGGCUCUGUCUAAGAAGCUGGUGGUGCGAUGGGCACAUGCUCAAGUAAAGAGGUACGAUCAUAAUAAGAAUGAUAAGAUCCUUCCUAUCAGUCUUGAGCCAUCCUCAAGCACUGAGCCCACUCAGUCUAACCUAAGUGUCACUGCAAAGAUAAAAGCCAUUGAAGCAAAGCUGAAAAUGAUGGCAGAGAAUCCUGAUGCAGAGUAUCCAGCAGCUCCUGUUUACUCCUACUUCAAGCCUCCAGAUAAAAAAAGGACUACUCCUUAUUCUAGAACAGCUUGGAAAUCUCGAAGAUGAUGGUUACGAAUUAUUGUAGCAGCAAAAGCAAAUUGGUCUCUAUACCUGAAAUCCUCUGCCUUUGUACUUUGUAGAUGUGAGUGGUACUUCCCAACAGAGCACAAUCACAUGUUAACGUUUGGUAACAUAACAUUUUUGGAUGUCUCAUGGAUGUUUCUUCCCUGAAGUAUGUGUGGAAUUGAGCAUCAUCCAGAAUAAAUAGGAUUGUAUCCAAAAUUGUGAUUUGAACACUGGGAUGCUCUAGUUGGCUGGUUUGUUUGGAUUUGUAACUCCAGAAACAUUAUAUAGUAGGCCAGAGAGAAAGGCAAACGUAAAAAAUGUUAUUUAAAUCAGGAAACUAAAUUUAUUAAUGUCCAUCUUAAAAAAAAAAAAAAAAAAGAACACUUUUCUGUGCUCAGAUGUCUUUACAGCAUAAAGAAAAAGUAAGAGGAAGGAAAGUGAAAAAAUUUGAAUCAUGUUGAGAACUUAUUGUUCCUGAAUUUAUUAUGGAAAUCCCUCCAACUAGACUAAAAAGGAAAAGUUCUUGGCAAAAGGAGCUGAUUCUUUGAGCAAAUGUUGUGGUAAUCUGUUUAAGAAUUAUGGUUAGUGUUUCAAAAUCCCAGUUAGGAAAACAUGGUGUAUAUCUUAAGAUUGUUUGCGUAAACAAAACUGUAGAAUCAAAUUUAGCAUUUUAUACCACGACGGAAGUCCUAUUUGGAAAUCCAGCUUUUAUUCUAUAGUGAUCAUUUUUUUAAAAAUCUAAAUAUUUAAAUUCUGCCUUCUAUAAUACCAAACGUUGUUAUUAACGUGGGACUUUUUAAAAUUGCACUUAUUGCAUGAGGUUUUUUUUUUUAAUAGCAUGAGAAUGUUCUAUUUGGAAUUGUAUCAUGGCCAAUCUAAAUAGGAAAACAAAAUUUCUUUGAAAACCUAAUCGUUGUUAUAUUGAUCUCUAUCAAGCAUACUAUUUAUUAAUUAGGGGUCUGAGUAGAAGAAAUGGAACUGUCUUGUACAGCAUGAGGAGGGGACAUAGAGUGAACACAGAAGGUCAGUGGAGCAGGCCCUCCUCUGGCACCAAGAUUGUAAAAUGACUUCAUGUUUUAUGUAGUUUUUAAAGGUUUGGAAGACUGUAUGACUUUAAAAGGGUUCUUCCUUUGUAGCACAUACUUCUGCCCGAUGUUUUGCCACUUGGAAUAUCUUAAAUAUAGGAGCAGAGAGAGAAAAAUAAAUCAGCAGAUUUGGCAAUGUGUUUCUAUCGGCAGUUUUGGUCAUUUUGGUGCCAGGUUGACAGUGUUUCAUUGGGCAGCACCUUUGCUUCUUGACCAGGUAAAUCAUUUUGAUACCUACCCGCCAUUCUUAGUGAUUAUGGACACUUACCAUUAUUUUUCCUAGCAAGAGGAAGCUUGCGUUAUAGGAAUUCAAGUCUUCCUGUGGGCAUAAGUGAGUUUAAGACACUUGAACCAAAUCUUGAGCAGAGUGAGGUUUCAGAGUUUAUAGAACCGGUUCAGAGAAAUUCUCAUCCUCUUUCCCAAGGUAAAUCUUUUUAGAUAGCUUUAGAUGGUAAAUACUUUCUGCACUUAUUAGCUCUGUCUAUGAUGCAAGUAACUCUCCUUCCAUUUGAGGGAUAGUUCAGGGAGGUGGGAGCAUUAUCUCCCAUUUUUCUGGUGACUUCUUAAGAGUACUAAUUCACCAUUUUAUCCUUACGUCCUCAAGGGGUUAUGGUGGAGUAGGACUUAAUGCAAAAUAGUCUUCUAUUUUUAAUAGGAACCUUACCUAACUUUGGAUUAUCUAGAGUUGUUUCCUUUAGAAACCAGAGCUAUUUAUUUGUAUUUAAAGCAAUGUUAAUUAUUUGUACUGAUUCUUAAUUCCUCUGUGUGAAUAAAUGCAAGACAGUGCCUGU